AUGGCUCUUCGCAUCGUCUCUCAGACACUUCGCGCACGUGCUUUGAAGCCGGCUGCUCCUACGGCGUGGCGCAUGUCGUCACAGCAUGUCGUACGCUCUGCUUGCUUCUCGACGAAGUUCACGCGGCAGCACGAGUACGUGACGAUCGAUGGCAAGGAAGGCACGGUAGGGAUCACCGACUUUGCCCAGAACUCGUUGGGGGACGUCGUGUACGUAGACUUGCCAGCCGUGGGGGACAAGUUCCAAAAGGGCGACACGUUCGGUGCCGUGGAGUCCGUCAAGGCUGCCAGCGACUUGUACACGCCUGCCUCUGGCACUGUCACGGCCGUGAACGACAAUCUGGUGGACGAACCGAACCUUGUGAACGAUGAGGCCAUGAGUGGUGGAUGGUUUAUCAAGCUGGAGCUGGACAAUAUGUCGGACGUGGACGAUCUGCUGGACGAAAAUGCUUACAAGGAACUGUGCGAGAGCGAGGAGCACUAG